AUGGUGCACUCGGACACUGAGCCGAAUGCGAAUCUCAAGGUUGCAGAGCGGCGUGAAGCUUCAGCUGCAGAUGCCACGUACCAGUCAUUGAUUGAGUGUAUCUUGACUGGAUUCCCUGAUCGCCAGCAGAAGUUGCCCGCUCCGUUACGUGCGUACUGGAAUGGACGUGAGCAUCUCUCCGUCGACCAUGGCAUUGUGUUGAAGGGCAACCGCAUUGUUGUCCCUGAAUCAUUGCGUGCUCAGGUAUUGCACAACCUCCACGCUUCACACCAAGGCCUAGUGCGUACUAAGUCUCGUGCGCGUCAGCUUGUAUACUGGUCCGGUAUCACCAAGGACAUUGAUACACUCGUUCGUUCUUGUCCUGCUUGCCGCGAACACCAGUCGUCCCAGCCAGCUGAGCCCCUGCUUAACGACCGCACCCCGACACUACCGUUUGAAUGUGCACCUGCCGAUUUGUUCACUUGUCAAGGUCACGACUUCCUUGUGUAUGCAGAUCGUUUGACCGGUUGGCCCUGUGUCGCGCGUACUGGCCGCACCACCUCAUCGCAUGACGUGAUACUAGCAUUCCGUCGCUGGUUCUCUGAUGUUGGUGUUCCUGCUGUGCUGUGUACAGAUGGUGGUCCCCAGUUCUCCUCGCAUAAGUUUGCUGAGUUUUGUAAGCGCUGGCAGAUAAACCAUGUCAUGUCCUUUCCCCACUACCCGCAGAGUGAUGGGCACGCCGAAGCUGCUGUCAAAGCCAUGAAGCGUCUUAUCACCAAGACAACCGUGAAUGGCAAUCUUGACACAGAUGACUUCCGCCGAGGGCUACUGGAAUGGCGAAACACACCUGGCUCCUCUGGUCAGAGCCCCGCUGAGCUCCUAUAUGGCCGCUCUCUCCAGUCAUUCGUCAUUGCACAUUGGAAGGAGUUUGAUUCAUCCUGGCUCUCCAAAGCGACGACACGUGAUGAGACUGCCAUGCCAUCCGACGAUGCCGUCACAGAAAAGUCGUCAACUCGUCGCUCGUUGCCGCAGCUCCGCCUCGGCACCCACGUGGAUGUUCAGCAUCCGCGCACCAAGCAGUGGUCUAUUCGUGGGGUCAUUGUUGCUGUCGGUAAUCAUCGGGACUACCUAGUGAAGUUGCCGAGUGGUCGCAUUUAUUGGCGGAACCGCAGAUUCCUGCGUCCGUAUCGCCCACUUGUGCCUGCACCGCUCGUUGUCCAACCGGCUGCUACUGACGCCUCUUCCCCGCCACCGCCGUCCCGCCGCAGCGCACGUCAGUGCAAGCCACCCCAGCGUUUAAACAUUGGUUCGCAUCAUGGACAGUCUUAUGAUUGA